AUGGCUUCUUUUUCAGUAACCAAAGUCUUCAAUUUCGCUUUAUUCUCAUCCCUUUUCCUCAUCUCCAUUGUUGCCAUCUCCGCAUAUGCUUACCAAUUCCAAGUUGGCGGCGAAAAAGGUUGGGUUAGACCCACUGCAAACGACACUCAGACAUACAACAACUGGGCUGCCAAAAACAGAUUCCACAUUGGAGAUACAGUUUAUUUCAAGUAUCGGAAGGACUCGGUGGUGGUAGUGAACAAAGCUGAUUAUGAGAACUGUGUCAUAUCUAACCCUAUUUCCAAAUUCGAGGAUGGAAACACAGUUUUUCGAUUUGAUCACUAUGGAUACUUCUAUUUCAUCAGUGGGCAAGUUGAGCACUGCAAAUCAGGUCAGAAAAUGAUUAUCCGCGUGAUGGUGCAUUCUGGAAUCGAGCCACCAGAAUCCGCACCAUCGCCUAAAGCAGGUGGUGGAGGCGGAUCAAGCCGCGGCGGCGGUGGGGAUGGUUGGGAUUCCGAUUUCUGGGGACCGCCGGGGCUCAAUUCUACCACCAAGCUGUCUGCUGCAUCUUUCUUCAUGACUGCUCUUGGAGGCGUCUUGGUCAUUCUCUAUUUGCUCAUGUAG